AUGGGGUGCUAUGACCUCCGUCGCCGGCCUCCGCGAGGUCCAACUCCACACGCCCUUUCAGUCGUCAAACCGGUUUCCAAGCGGGGCGGCCCCAAGCACCGAAAAACAAUAGAAAGCGGGGUCUCAUUUCACGAUGAUGAAAACCAAAAUGCUGACGCCAAGGCGAACAACGUUGGACCAACGGCUACCGUCGACGCCGGCACGUACCUGCUGAAACCUAUUGCGCACUGCGCACUGCGGCUACGACCUCGGCGCCGCACGUCUCCGAGCAACGUCAAGCUGAGUUGCAGAUGGCAAGGCACAAACUUUUCCCCAAUUGCAAUCGGGAGAUCGUGCCAGCUACCUGGAAUGCUCAGGCAUGAGGCAAAUCCCGCCGAGCGCUCGGACGGCAUUGUUGUGCUUGUACUUCGACAUGUCUUUGUUCAUCUUGAUUUCUUGACGGGGAGUGGGGCUCCGUUCCAAUAG